AUGACAGACAGCAUUAAUAUUGCCGUUAAUGACGUUGAGGUACAAAAAAAAUACUCUGCUAGCCUGGAUGAAGCACUGACAGUAGCAGGUGUUGGAUGGUACAACUUAAAGUAUUGUCUAGUCUUGUCGCUGUUUCUCAUCGCACCCAUUUUAGAAGCAUCAGGAUAUGGUUUUGUUUUGCCAGCUGCAAUUUGCGACUUAAAUAUAUCAGACGGUCAGAGAGGCUUUAUCUAUUCUAUACCUUAUAUAGGUAUUGUUUUAAUGUCAUUCCAGUGGGGAUACUUGGUAGAUACCAAAGGCAGGAAAAAGGUUCUAAUAUAUAGUUCUUUGGGUGCCGGAGUAUUUGGCUCAGCAUCUGGGUUUAUGCCGGACGUAAUAAGCUUUGUUAUUUGCAAACUUUUAACAGCAUUAUGUAUAGGGUGCCCUUUUGUUGUGCCAUAUUCAUACAUCGCCGAAAUUCUACCAAAGAAGUACAGAGACCUGGCACUAGCGGUUGUCACUACAAUACAAAUAUUGGGAUCAGUACUUGUGCCGCUACUCGCGUGGGGAAUACUAAGUUUAGACUUCAUUGUAGACUUUGGAGCAUAUUUAUUCCGUCCUUGGCGUCUGCUUGUCAUCGUUUAUGCUAUGCUAUUCCUAAUAGCAUCUGGUUUACUAGCUUUUGGUCCCGAAAGUCCUAGAUAUUUAGUAGCCGUAGGAAAAAAUGAUGAGGCACUCAAAGCUGUACUAGCUAUUUUUUCAGGAAAUACAAAAAAACUGCCUGAAGACUAUCCUAUCAAAGAUCUAAAUGAGAGUUUCGAUAGCAGAACUAAAGACACCUUCUUUACAUCAUUAAAAACACAAAGCCUACCAUUGUUGAAACCUCCUUAUUUAAAAUGGUUGCUACUUAACGCAUUUCUGCUAUUUGGUGUAUAUUCAGUAUUAAGUGGCCUCUUCGCGUGGAUACCUGAUAUAUUAAACCGACUAUUGUUAGAAGAUGAUGAAGGUCAAACUGCAUGCGACGCUUUCGACAGCCUAAAUCAGGUAUCAUCAUCAUUUGCUACGGUCAAGUUCAUAGAUAAGAAAAUUUUACUCGUAUUAGUGUUUACAACAGUUGGUGGGCUUUGCAUAGUUAUCAACUUUGUUAGUGAAGUUGUACCGUUUGCGUUGCUGCUGCCUCCGAUUCAAUCAAUGAGUCUAGCAGUAGGACUUGUAACUGCUUUCUCAGUGGAUAUCUUUCCAGUAAACUUGAGGGGUAUGGCGGUGUGUUUAACAAUGACGGGUGCUGCAAUGGGCUCGAUCUUUGGCUCUACUAUAUCAGCUUUUCUUCUUAAUGCAGCUUGUGAAGUUACAUUUUAUUCAUUUGGAGGUUUACUUAUCUUCUGUGGACUCCUCUCUAUGUUAUUGCCUAAUUCUAAAGAAUCUCUCAAGAAUUAA